UGUGUGUGUGUCUCCAUGCAUGUCUCACACCUCCCACAGCUCCCAGCAGUAAAAGACUUUCAAAUCCAGCCUCUUAAAGAUCCACUUUCUGCAACCACAGAGGCCAAGAGAACCAUUUCAGAGGGGAAAAAUGGCAUCAGAGGAUUUCAGCUACCUGACACCAGGCCACAAUGAGAAACACAGGCGGGCCCCGAACUGGACCGACGGGGAAAUGAAAGCCCUCCUCUACGUGUGGGACGAAAACCACAACGAACUGAAAGUGAGCAAGAGGAACGCCAAGGUGUACGAGAAGAUGUCGCAGAGGUUUUUCCAGCUGACCGGGGAGCAGCGGUUCAAAGAGGAGAUCAAGAUGAAAAUCACCAACAUGUCCUUCCAGUACAGGCGACUGAAAUCCACAAUUGCAGAAAGCGGGGAGAUGCCGGACUGGCCGUACUUUAAAGCCAUCGAGAAGAUCCUCUCCAAGCCGCUGGACAACGGGCGGAUGAGCUCUGUGGAGUUCCAGGCCUCCGCUCCGGGCCCCUCCACUUCCUCCCAGUCCACAGACAACAUGGGGGCCCCGUCGGAGGAGGGCCUGAUGGGAUUCCUGCCAGAGUACACAGGCUCCUCAGAUGAGAUGGAGAUAAAGCAAGAGCUGGAGUCGUUGAGCUCCGACAGUGACAACACACAGGGAUCCAGCUCCCAUCAUAUUUCAGUGAAGAGGAGGCACGCCAACAAGCCUCUUGCCAUGAAGAGGAAGAAGCUGCGGUUAAUGCAGGCCAUGGUGCAGCAACAGAAGCGGUCGAGCCGAGCCAUCGAGGAGACGUGCAGGGAGGUCCGUCGAGCCAUGCACCAACAGAACCUCCUCCAGGUGCAGUGUCUGCAGCUGCAGGAGCGUAUGAUGAACCUCCUGGAGAAGAUGAUCCCGCCAUCCGCUGCCACGUCAUGGGGUCAGAGUGGAAAGCAGGACCAAGGGAAGCCAUGAAGCAUGUAGGUUAUGGUUACUGGGUGAGAUCCUGCCACGCCAAAAGCCUCUCGGACACGAAAAUAAAGCAUAUUUAUUUUUGAUUUUGCCUCAACGAUGAGCAGAGAGGAACAACAACAGGCACUUGAUUUCUGGCGGCCUGCUCAGCCUGAAUGUCAUCAAUGGAAGUCAAGGACACUUGUAGCAGAUCUUUCUUGGUAACUUGCACCCUUUAAAACACUGUGGCGACAACAGCAAAGCAGAAACAGACCUAUCUGAUCACUUCAAUUUUUCCUUGCACUGUGCCAAGAUAAUUGCAAGUUGGGGCAGUUUGAUGCCAAAACAGAACAAUUUGUUAUGAAGCAGAAAUUUAGGCAAUAAUCCCUGUUGUACUGUAGGGGGUUGUCAGCAAAUAGCAUUGCAAUCGAGACAAAGUGCAUUAGAUGUUAGGGGGCAUUUUAUAGCUCUUAGAUAUGUCCUUUUUGUGCUCAAUAGAUAAUAACAAUAAGUCUCUUGCAGAAGUGACGUAAUUGUGUUUUGAUUCUACAGUGGCCGUUGAUGUAGUUUCACAGAAAAGACAGGUGCCCUGUAGAGUGGUAUCAUCAACAUACACAAAAAAACUGUUCCAAGGUCAAGAACAUUUAUAUGUGAUGAAUAAAAUAAAUCCUUUUCAAAUCCAGCAACUUUGGAUUACAGUGUGUCAUUGUGACCCUACAGACGUUUGGGGUAUGUGUGCUUUUAGGAUUUGACACAUGCAGAUGUCAUGACAGAGACAGAAUAACACGUUUUCUUUUCUCUUCAAAUGUUGAGAUGACUUGGUCUCGAUUUGCAUCUCUGCUGAA